CCUUGAGAACCUUCUUCUCCUCGUCGGAACUUUGUAAUGGCAACAUAUAUUUCGGCUUCGAAUUUCUUCUUCUCCAAGCCAAUUUCUUCUUCAUAAGUCAUUAUUUCUCUUUUUCGUACAGCAUUCUCGAAUCUUGAAGAAUCCUAAGUCUCGUUUCACAGAAAAUUAAUGGCUCAGAAAUGUGCGAUUGGAUUGAUUUCAGCCCUAGCAGCUUCGGCUUCUCUUGCGCAAUCUAAAGUCGCUUCUGCAGAUGGUCCUUUCAAUUUCUCUGGAUUCUCUACUUCUUCGAAUCCUCAGCAGCAGCAGCAGACUUCUCCUCCGGCUUCGCAAACUCAGAGGCUACCGUCGACUCCUGCUGGUAAAGAGUCUUCUGCUCCUCCGCGAGCUCGGAAUGAUAAUCCCAGGACGAGUUCCGGUGGUUUUGAUCCAGAGGCUCUGGAGCGAGGAGCUAAGGCCUUGAAGGAGAUUAACAACUCUUCUUACGCGAAAAAGGUUUUUGAGAGCAUUAAGCAGCAAGAAGAGACAAAGCAAACUGAGUUUGCAUCAAAGGCGCAAGAGUUUAAAGCUAUGCAAGCCCAAGCUGAAACUGAGAGGCAUAAGGUUAUAUAUGAUGAACAGAAAAAACUUGCUCAACACCAAGCGCAGACAAAAUCGCAGAUGGCUCGUUAUGAAGAUGACUUGGCAAGAAAGAGGAUGCAGGCUGAGAAUGAGUUCCACAGAGCAAGAAAUCAAGAACUUGUGAAAAUGCAAGAAGAUUCAGCCAUUAGACAGGAAUCAGCUCGACGUGCUACUGAGGAACAGAUCCAGGCACAGAGACGACAAACUGAGAGGGAGAAGGCUGAGAUUGAACGUGAGACCAUCAGAGUCAAAGCAAUAGCAGAAGCAGAAGGAAGGGCCCAUGAAGCUAGGCUUGCUGAAGAUGUAAAUAGGAGAAUGCUUGUGGAUCGUGCAAAUGCAGAAAGAGAGAAAUGGGUUGCGGCCAUAAACACAACGUUUGACCAUAUUGGAGGCGGUUUGCGAGCAAUUCUGACAGAUCAAAAUAAGUUGGUUGUUGCUGUUGGGGGUGUCACUGCUCUCGCAGCGGGAAUCUACACAACGAGAGAAGGUGCAAAAGUUAUCUGGAGCUAUGUGGACAGAAUAUUAGGACAACCAUCCUUAAUUCGAGAAUCAUCAAGAGGCAAGUACCCUUGGUCUGGCUCGCUUUCUCGUGUAGUGUCCACAUUGCGUGGUAAGGAUGCUUCCAAAAAUGGAAAAGGAUUUGGUGAUGUUAUUUUGCAUCCUCCACUGCACAAGAGAAUUGAACAGCUAGCUAAUGCAACCGCCAACACAAAAAUCCACCAGGCUCCUUUCCGAAAUGUGCUUUUCUAUGGUCCUCCAGGCACAGGAAAAACAAUGGCUGCCAGAGAGCUUGCUCGUAAAUCUGGUUUGGAUUAUGCAUUGAUGACGGGUGGAGAUGUUGCUCCCCUUGGAUCUCAGGCUGUUACAAAGAUUCACCAACUGUUUGAUUGGGGCAAAAAGUCUAAGAGAGGUUUAUUGCUCUUCAUUGAUGAAGCCGAUGCAUUUUUGUGCGAGAGGAACAAAACAUACAUGAGUGAAGCCCAAAGAAGUGCUCUAAAUGCUCUUCUCUUCCGCACGGGUGAUCAGUCCAAAGACAUAGUCUUAGCACUUGCCACAAACCGACCUGGUGACCUAGACUCAGCUGUGGCUGACCGUGUCGAUGAAGUUCUCGAAUUCCCCUUACCUGGAGAAGAAGAGCGGUUCAAGCUUUUAAACCUCUAUUUAGAAAAGUACAUAGCUGAGGCUGGUCCAAGAAAGCGGAGUUUGUUCCACCGCCUAUUCAGGAAAGAACAGCAGAAAAUCGAGAUAAAGGGUGUCACUGAGGAGCUCUUAAAGGAAGCGGCUGCAAAAACCGAAGGGUUUUCAGGUAGAGAGAUUGCGAAACUGAUGGCAAGUGUUCAAGCAAAUGUUUAUGGAAGUGAGGAGUGUGUGUUGGACGCUAAGCUUUUCAGAGAGGUUGUUGAUGAAAAAGUUGCAGAGCAUCAACAGAGAAGAAAAUUGGCUGGAACAGAUUUGAAAUGAUGAGAUAUAUACCAAAAGUUCAAUCCAGUGGUGUCAUCUUCACACACUUUAGCCAAGAGGCACAGAAUCUCUGAUGUUGGUUCCGAGGUUUAGGCAGAGACUUGAUUCCUAUUGUUUUCUCCUUCUUCUUUUUUGGUUAAGGAGAGGUUUUGUACUUGUCUUAUCGCUUUAAAUUUUUAUCUCUCUGACCAAGCGCAAAUCAAACUGGUUGAAAUAAAAUUGAGAAAUAUCUAUAUAUACUUCGUUCAAAUUGGAA